AUGGCCGUCUUCACCUCCUGGUUAGCCCUCACUUGGGGCCAGACGUUGGCCGUCGUCUUCGUCAUUUGGCUUGGAUAUGCCACCGUUCUUGCUGUCCAGAGGCUUUGGCUCAGUCCUAUUGCCCAUAUCCCUGGGCCCAAGCUCGCGGCCCUGACGCAGUACUAUGAGUUCUACUACGACAUCGUUCUCGGCGGCCAGUACACGUUCAAGAUUAUGGAAUUGCAUCAAACGUACGGCUCCGUCGUCCGUAUCAACCCCUGGGAGGUGCACACCAAGGAGCACGACUUCCACACUCAUUUGUUCGGAGGGCCGACCAGACCUCGACAGAAGUGGAAGUUUUGGACGAAACAGGCGAUUUGGCGCCCCAGUGCCCUCUCAACCAUCGACCAUGACCACCACAGGCUGCGCCGGUCGGUCCUCAAUCCGUUCUUCUCUACCCAGAGUGUCCGAAAUCUCCAACCGGUUCUCGAGGAACGAGUUGACGCGCUCCUUCAAGCCUUUCAUAAAUUGGCUGCUACUCAAUCUGGCACGCCCAUCAACAUCAUGUAUCCCUUCUCAGCUUUUACGAACGUUGAACGCUCAGACUUUGGCCGCGAGGUGACCAACAGCUUAUUGAUGGGAACUCAUAUGGGACCCUUCAUCAAGCAUGCAAGCUGGGCCCUCGCCCUGAUCAAUAGCAUGCCCGAGUCUGUUUCGGGGCGGUGGAUUCCAGGCUGGUCGGGAUUUUUGAAGAUGAAGAAUAGCAUCCUCGAGCAGAUAGAAAAAAUCACGGCGACGGAGAACACUGGCCAAUGGAAGCUGGACGUGAGCCAUCCAACUAUUCUACACGAUUUGCUCUCUUCAAAGCUCCUUCCAGACCGUGAAAAGUUGCCGGCCAGACUGGCGCAGGAAGGGCAGAUUCUGGUCCAGGGCGGCACUCUAACCUCGUCCUGGGCUCUGUCACUGGCAACAUUCCAUCUUGUCAAUCAAGCGCCCAUUCUUCGCAAGCUUCGGGACGAGUUAUUUGACGCCAUCCCCGACGCCGAUGAAGUUACGCCGCUGGCGAAGCUGGAAAGUUUGCCGUAUUUGCGAGCCGUCGUUAGAGAGACGUUGCGCUACAGCAUUGGUACCAGUGGACGGCUUUCCCGGAUUGCGGUGAAUGAAGAAUUCCUUAUACACGAUCACGAAAGGAGGAGAGAGUGGCGCAUACCCGCAGGGACGGUGGUCAGUAUGAGCCCGUAUAUGACCGUCAUGGACGAGAGUAUAUUCCCGGAUCCGUCAGGGUUCCACCCGGAGCGCUGGCUCAACGACGGGGAUCGACUUGACAAAUAUCUGACAGUGUUUGGCGGUGGAACGCGGAGUUGCUUGGGCAAAGCCUUAGCGCUGGCAGAAAUGUACCUGGUACUGGCCAAACUGUUUCGAAGGUGGGGAGGAGAUGGUGAUGUUCGUCCUGGAGAUACUGGAGUCUUGAGAAUUUUCGAAACGACCCCCCGAGAUUGUCAAAUGGCGUCAGACUACUUUAUCCCCAUCCCUUACAAGGUAGGCAAGUCGAAAUGGGCACCCAGGCAAACCGGUAUUGAACGUUGCUGGACCGGCAGGACGGACCGAGCCGCUUCUCUCUCGCAAUGUCUUAUUUCAAACUCCGUCACGUUACACGAGUCGUUCUCGGCUCUGUUUACUCCGUACGAAGCCUUGCAUCUGAACGACAUCGGCUGUGUUACACCCUGUGGAUCCGAUGACCCGGAAGAGGGUCUUGAGGGUGACUGUGGUAUCACUGUUGUUGGAUCUGGUAUUAUUCUUCGUCUCCGUGAGCUAGGAAGCAUCUCCUUCACAUUCAUUCUUCCACUCUUUCCCAAGCUGCUAGAGUUCUAUCGAGAUCGGGAAGCACCGUCGCUGAUGGCAGGUGGGUCGCCAACCUUGCUGCAACAAGUCCUUGGGGGCCUCAACAAAUACAAAGCCUCGUUUGCACGGCCAAUCGACUCUCGAUACGAUAUUGUUCUUCUUGGUGGAGCUAUGGGCUCGCUGUUCUCGUACGUCGGAUUCAACAUCACUCUCUCCCCGUGGCACCGCUCUGUCAUGGCCGCGCUAAUCACCACGCGCAGAUUAUUGCAAGCGAUUGCUUCCCCCCUGAUCGGCAGGCUCUCUGACCGAUACGGCCGACGCACUGCCCUAUUGACAUCCAUGUGUGGUAACAUGCUCUCAGUUCUCCUUUGGGUUGCGGCUAUUGACUUCCGCACCUUUGUCGCGAGCCGCAUUGUUGGAGGUCUCUCUGAGGGAAACGUUCAGUUAGCAACUGCCAUGGCAAGUGACAUCUCGGAUGAAUCGUCCAGAGGCUCCACCAUGGCAGUGAUUGGGGCUUGCUUCUCCAUUGCGUUUACAUUUGGACCUGGAUUGGGCGCUUGGCUGAGUACGAAAUCUCUCGUCGCUGCAAACCCAUUUGCAACCGCUGCCUCUUUCAGCCUGGCGCUCAUCGUAACAGAAACGACAUAUCUAUAUUUUUUUUUACCGGAAACUUUACCAGCUCUUGCAGUCAACGUGGUCAAAUCUGACAAGGGGGAAGAAGAAAAACCUAAGGCUAAGCCAUAUGAGAGAGCGAACUCGCAUUUUGUGCUCAAUGCAGUCCAUUUCUUCUUUCUUCUCUUUUUCUCCGGGAUGGAAAGCUCGCUGUCAUUUAUGACAUAUGAUUUGUUUCAGUUCACUUCUGGCCUUGUUGCGUCCAUUUUCCAAGGCGGAGUGACGCGACGGCUCCCGCCGUUGCUCUCCGUACGGAUCGGCGUCAUUGCAUGUUUGGCUGCCUUUUUCCUUCUGGGAAGAGUCAGUGGCAUCGGUGGCCUGUAUGCUGCGGCGACCUGUCUUGCAGUAACCUCGGCGACGGUGGUGACUGGAUUAAACGCGCUGAGCAGCUUCGAGGCCAGUGAAGACGAACGCGGGGGAAAGCUGGGCAUUCUGAGAAGCUGGGGACAGAUGGGUCGUGGUCUUGGGCCGGUCCUGUUUACCAGCGUGUACUGGUGGGCAGGUCGAGAAUAUGCAUACAACUUGGGAGCCACCGGCAUUGCCUUGGUAUCAGCCGCAGUGCUGCUGAGCCUCAAGACACCCAGAGGAUCAAUGCAGCCAGCAUCAGUGGAAAGGCCAACGGCAAGGAUCACUUGUGAUGACACAGCGCGGGUGGACGAUGGAAGUGAAGUACACGGAAGGGGAGGCGAGCUUGCGAUGAUGACAAUGGACUCUGGAGACGACAGAUUAAAUUUUGCUUGUAGGCAAGAGCGACCUUGGAUAUAA